AUGCUGGCCAGUCGUUUAAUACCGCGGACCGCUGUGCGAUCUGCUCUCCGCCCUUCAUCCCUUCCUUCAGUCGUCGCACCCCUAUCGCGAUGGAGAAGAGGAUAUGCUACCGAAGCAGAGGAAAAAGAUCUCGUCAUCAUUGGCGGUGGAGUAGCAGGAUAUGUCGCAGCUAUCAAGGCUGGACAGGAGGGCUUAAAGGUCGCUUGCAUUGAGAAGCGCGGCAAGCUCGGCGGCACCUGUCUCAAUGUUGGCUGUAUUCCUUCGAAAUCCCUCCUCAACAACUCGCAUUUGUACCACCAGAUCCUCCACGACACCAAGCCCCGAGGUAUCGAAGUCGGCGAUGUCCAGCUUAACCUACAAGCUAUGAUGAAGGCCAAGGACACCUCCGUUAACGGUCUUACCAAGGGUAUCGAAUUUCUUUUUAAGAAGAAUGGCGUCGAGUACAUCAAGGGUACCGGUUCCUUCGCUAGCGAGAACGAGAUCAAGGUUCAGCUGAUCGAUGGCGGCGAGACGAGCGUGAUCGGCAAGAACAUCCUUAUCGCUACCGGUUCCGAAUCGACGCCGUUCCCCGGACUCGAGUUCGACGAGAAGCGCGUUGUCACCAGCACUGGCGCCCUAUCCCUCGAGAAGGUCCCCGAGAAGCUGAUCGUCAUUGGUGGUGGUAUCAUCGGUCUUGAGAUGGGUUCCGUAUGGUCGAGACUGGGCGCCAAGGUUACCGUCGUCGAAUUCCUGGACCAGAUUGGUGGCCCCGGUAUGGAUUCACAGAUUGCCAAGGAGGCGCAAAAGUUGCUCAAGAAGCAGGGCAUAGAAUUCAAGCUCGGUACUAAGGUCGUCAGCGGAGAAAAUACUGGCGACAAUGUUAAGCUCCAGGUGGACUCUUCUAAGGGUGGCAAACCCGAAUCGCUUGAGGCGGAUGUUGUCCUAGUUGCAAUUGGUCGUCGCCCCUACACCGCCGGACUCGGUCUCGAGAACAUCGGCCUGGAACUCGAUGAGCGCGGCCGUGUCGUUAUCGACUCCGAGUAUCGCACAAAGGCUUCGCACAUCCGAUGCAUUGGUGACUGCACAUUCGGUCCUAUGCUUGCCCACAAGGCCGAAGAAGAAGCUGUCGCUGCCGUCGAGUACAUCAAGAAGGGAUAUGGGCACGUCAACUAUGGCGUUAUCCCGUCCGUCAUGUACACGCACCCCGAAGUCGCUUGGGUCGGUCAGAGCGAGCAGGACCUGAAGUCACAGAAUAUCCCGUACAAGGUCGGAUCAUUCCCCUUCAGCGCCAACUCGCGUGCCAAGACCAACCUAGACACGGAAGGUUUCGUUAAGAUGAUCGCGGAUCCCGAGACAGAUAGGCUACUAGGCUGCCACAUCAUCGGACCUAACGCGGGUGAGAUGAUCGCCGAAGCCACGCUCGCCCUCGAGUAUGGCGCUUCGACGGAGGAUAUCGCGCGCACAUGCCACGCGCACCCGACGCUCGCCGAGGCUUUCAAGGAAGCGGCUAUGGCGACUUACUCUAAGGCUAUCCACUUUUAA